UAAAUCCACAAAUAGGCAGUAUAAAUAUUUAUAAUACCACCCCUACAAGUAAUGCAUAGACAUAAUGGACCUGUCCUUAUCAGGGUUAAAAGUCAUUGCGCAGUCUUGAAGUGAUGCAACAUCUUAACAAACUCAUCAAGAGGAUUUCCCAAUAACAAAGUUUCCAGCAACUCCUUCCUUUCCUUUAUAACUAGUAGGACUUGUCUGGACUAGACAUGCUUAGUACAGACCGUAAAAGUCUCCAUUAAUUUUUUACCUGCUUUUCACACAAGGAAACAACAUAUAUUGUCACGACAACAUUGAUUUAACAAAAGGGAUUUCUGUGGUUGAAUAUUUCAUAAUGCAGAGUAUCAAGUGUGUGAUUGUUGGAGAGAGUGGAAUUGGGAAGACCUAUCUACUUUACACCUAUGUCAAGAAAUUCUUUCCAAAAGAGUACAUACCAGGUUUCAGACCAUCAUACGUGACCCAGGUCACUGUGGACGGCCAGACUGUCAGUCUGAACCUUCAUGACUCUGCCGGUAAAAAAGAAUAUGACCAUUUACGGCCUUUACACUAUCCUCAAGCUGACAUUGUCAUCAUCUGUUUCUCUAUUUCCGAUCCAUCAUCGUAUGAGAAUGUUAAACAGAGGUGGGAACCAGAGAUUAAACACUAUUGCCCCAAUGUACCUGUUCUUCUCAUUGGAACAAAGAGUGACUUGCGGGAUAAUCAGGAGGUCCUGGAGAAACUGAGGGAUCAAAAUCAGACCACAGUCACCCAGGAUGAGGGAGUGGCCAUGGCCAAAAAGAUUAAGGCUGUGAAAUAUCUUGAAUGUGCUUCAAUCAACCAGGAAGGACUGGAGGAGGUAUUUGAUGAGGCUGCACAUGCUUAUCUCAGACAUCAACAAAAUACCACAAAGAAAAUCUGUGUGCUUUUGUAAAACGAGGUAAAUUAUCACUUGGAUUUUGAUGUGCAUGCAUCAACUAGUUUUGUAAAAUACUUUUGUAGCCUGUGAAUGGUGUAAAUGGAAUUAAUACCAUUUAAUAUAGGUCUGUCAUUUAUGACAUGUUGUUUAGCUUAUUAAAUCAUCUUAUUAUUAUAUUAUUAGUAUUGUUAUUAUUAUUAUCUCUUGUAUAUCAAAUGCAAAUACAUAUGGUGAUGUUAAUGAUAGUUUUAAACUCUGCAGAAGUCUGUUAUUUUUAGUGCUGUGUUAUUGUAUCUGUGUGAAAAAGAUCAUGAUUUCAAUGAAAAGUAAGAUAUAAAGUUUGCUACUAUGUAUUGAGAACUUCUACCUUUUAGAUAUCAGUUUAAGGAGGAGGGUGAUGUACAAACACAAGUUAUCAUAAAUCACUAAAUGCUCAAAAAAAAAAACUAGACAGAAAUAUCGCACAUGCAGCAAUUUUCAAAAGAAAUUGCAUUUUAUAUUGAGACAUUGUAAGGUCUAAGAAAUA